AGUGGAAGGAACCUGAAGAAUCUUGUCCAUAGGAAGGACACCACAAAGACAAACCACAAGUUGUUACUUCUGAGCCUCAGGAGUCUCAGCAGCCUCAGCAGCAGGGGGGAGGAUUCAGCACCGCUUAGAAGUUGUUUUGCAGAAUAUUUCCUCUUUACAAAAUGGCUGCCUUCCAUUCCCUGUAUGAGGAGAAAGUUCGUAUUUUUAUUGACAUCAUUGACGAAAUGAGAUCCAUGGGUGUAGAUAAGGAAGUUUCACUACCUACCAUCGUUGUGGUUGGAGACCAAAGUUCAGGGAAAAGUUCUGUGCUGGAGAUGCUCUCUGAGAUAAGCCUUCCCAGGGGCAAUGGUAUUGCAACAAGAUGUCCUCUGGAGUUGAAGCUAAAAAAAGUUGAAGGACGUAAACCUUGGAAGGGACAAAUAAGUUACAAGCAGUUUGUCAAAACAUUGGAUGAUCCAACUCAGCUGGAAGCUGAGAUUUUAAAAGCCCAGGAUGUACUUGCUGAAAACAAAAGUAUUAGUUCAGAACUCAUCAGCGUGCUGGUUGAAUCAACCGUUGCUCCUGAUCUGACAUUGAUUGACUUGCCCGGAAUUGUGAGAGUUGCAGUUGGAAAUCAGCCCCAAGACAUUGGAGAAAAGACCAGGAAACUCAUCAAAAACUACAUUGAAAAAAAGGAAACGAUCAUUCUGGUUGUCAUCCCAUGCACCGUGGACAUUGCAACCACUGAGGCACUGAAGCUCGCGCAAGAGGUUGACCCUGAUGGACAAAGAACACUGGGUGUUUUAACAAAACCAGAUUUGAUUGAUGAAGGCACAGAAAAAGAAAUUAUCAAAAUCAUUGAAAAUAAUGUCAUUCCUCUCAAGAAGGGUUACAUCCUUGUCAAGUGUCGUGGUCAAAAGAAGCUCAAUAUCACAGCAUCUGCUGCAAUGGAAGAAGAGAAAGCAUUUUUACAGAACAAUGAGUUUUUCCGGCCACUGCUGGAGAAGGGUUUUGCAUCAUUUAAACAUCUGUCAGACAAACUCACCUCUGAGCUUAUCCAACAGAUCAUGACCCAGCUCCCAGUCAUUGAGAAUGAAAUCCGGGAGAAAAUCAUAGAAGUCAAAAUUCAGCAGGAGAAACUGGGCACCAUUACUCCAGAAGAAGAUGAGGCCAAGUCGGUCAUCCUGAACUAUAAAGUUCUCUCCUACUGUGAAGAGAUCGCAAAUUUAGUAGCAGGAGAUUACCAGAAAGAUUAUGAAAAUGGUCUGAAGAUUUGUGACUAUUCUCGCCACUUGUUUUCAGAGUGGUACGGCAGGCUGGAGAGUGAGAAAGUGAAGUUUAAUGAAGAAGCAAUCACCAAGGUCAAACACCAUGAAAAAAACUCUAAAGGGAGAGAGUUACCUGGAUUCACAAAGUACCGAAUAUUUGAAACUAUUGUCAGAGAACAUAUUCAGAAAUUACUGGCUCCUGCUCUUCAACUGAUGAAAGAACUUGCAGACAAAACCCACACAAUUUUUAACAAAAUAGGACUUGAACAUUUUGGUGCAUUCCCAAAUUUAUUGAGGACGACCAAGGACAUAAUUGCCGUUGUCCGUCAAAUGCAGGAGCAAGGGGCAGAGCAGAUGCUAAGGAUGCAUUUUAAAAUGGAGGACAUGGUAUAUGCACCAGACGCAAUGUAUAGCUUCAAACUGACAAAUACUCAUUCAAGCUCCCAGCACAAUCUGAAUGCCAACCAUUCAGUAUCAGGCAAUUUAAGUCUUAUAUUGGUUUCUCACUUGCAGACUUAUUACCAGAUUGUUAUAGAUCGAUUGGUUCAAAUGAUUCCCAUGGUGACCAAGUAUCAUCUUCUGCAAGAGUUUUCAAAAGAAGUCAAGCUGAAAAUGACCCAAACCAUUCUCAAAGAAGAAAGUCACUCAGAUUUCCUGCAAGAGGAUGACAGUACAACGAGGAAGCGUAAAGAUCUCAAUGAUACUCUGCAGCGCUUGACGAAUGCAAGAAAUCUUCUGAUAUGUGAAGAAAACAGUAGAAUUUAAUUUAGGCUUAAUUUAGGAGUCUUUUCUCAACCCAGUUCUUUUUAAAAUCUUUGAUUUCCAAUCAAUCUGCAAGAUAUUUCAGCACUGCCAGUCACAGAUCCUUCCAAAGAGAAGAACAUGCAAACAUAUAAAUUAGGUGUAAGACUAGGUGUAAGGGUAGUCAUUUAAAAAGAUCAUGGCUGAUCUGAUUAUAAUCUUGACUCCACAUUUCCAUUUACCUGCAAUAAACUUCAACCCACUCAUCAAGCAUCGAUCCACAUAAACCAGUACCAAUACCAAUAUCCAAAGGCACUACUUCCAGCACCCUGAGAGAAAACAAAUUCACCUCACCUCUGUCUUAAUGGGCAAUGCUUUGGUGAACCUUGACUCUAAAUUCUCUCACAAAGGUUGACAGACUGCCCCUAGAACGCUCUAUGCAAAAGAUGCAUUUCACUGUGUGUUAUGAUGUACAUGUAACUAAUAGAGAUAUCUGAUCUGAUCUUAUCUGACAUUCACCCUGUUAAAACUUCCCAGGAUCUGAUAUGUGUUAAUUAAGACCCUCUUACACUUCUAAACUCCGAUACUUACAAGCCUUGCUUGACAAACCUUUACUUGUUGGACAAUCUGCCCAUUUUAGGUACUAGUCUUGUAAACCCACUCUGAACUGCUUUCGAUGCAUUAACAUUCUUCCUUCAAUUAGAAAAGCAAUACUGUAUACUUAAUGCAAUCUCUGCAAUGCACUAGAUAACUACUUCCUGCUUUUGUACUCACUUCCUCCUGCAGUAAGAAGUAACAUUCUGUCAGCUUUCUGAAUUGUUCACUGCGCCUACAUUCUGGCCUUUUAGCAAUCACGUGGAAAGUGGAGUUUUUGUAGAAGUGAUGUGAGCAGAUUGAGCUGACUCCAAUGCUUCUUGUGGUACUUGGAGCUGACAUGAGCAGGGUUCUUCAGUGUUAUUUUUCUGCUUAAUAUGUCUGAGAUCAAUUGACCCAGUGCAAACACAGUGGGGGAACUAUGCAUGCAAGUUGCAUCCAGCACAACCAGAGUUUUGGUGAGCUUUUGCAUUUGUCUGACAAUAAUUGUGCAAGAACCCUGGAUCUGUUCAUGAAACAUGGUUUCAGAUCAGAAAUAAUCAGAAUUGCAGAUUUCCACUAAUUCCUAAAGUAUAUCUUUUUUUUAAAUCACCAAUAGGCAUGCAUUAAAAGCUUUCAAAUAUGAUUUUCUUUUACAUGGAAACAUGUAGUUACAACGCACAGUUGGGGCCAUUCUGCCAUCCUGUUUGAGCCAGCUCUCUACUGAAGCAACUCUCUAGCUCCGCUCACCAGCUCUUUCUCUGUGGCCUUACAAGUUUUCCUCUGUAUAUAUAGUUUUCCUUUCUAAAAUUAUGAGAUGCAUAGAUGGACAGCCAGUAUCUCUUUUCCUAGGGUCGAAAUGUCUAAUACUAGAGGGCAUGCAUUUAAGGUGAGAGGGGGAAAGUUCAAAGGAGAUGUGAGGGGCAAGUUUUUUGCACAGAGAGUGGUGGGUGCCUGGAAUGUGCUGCCAGGGGUGGUAGUGGGGCAGGUACAAUGGAGGCAUUUAAGACGCUCUUAGAUGGGUGCAUGACUAUGCAGAGAAUGGAGGGAUAUUGUCCAUGUGCAGGAUGAAGAGAUUAAUUUAAUUAGGCAUCAAUAGCUUAAUUAGUUAGGCACAACAUCGUCGGCUGAAAGGGGCAAGUUCUAUGUUUUAUGUUCUAUAUGUUUAUCCAAUUUCCUCCUCAGGGUCACAAUAGACCCUACUUCCCCGACCAGCAAGCAAAGCAUUUCAGAUUCCAACCAUAUGUUGCGUAAAAAAAUAAGAACUGGUUACCCCACAGCAAUAUCACUGGGAAAUGGCUACAAAUAGCUUUUAAGUGACUACUCAGGGAUUUAAAAUUGCUCUUUCACCAGUCGUAGAAUAGACAGCAAUCAAAAAUCUUGAUUGAGAUUAGAAUACUCACCACUCUGAGUAAAAAAACUUACCCUUGACAUCUCCUCUAUAUCUACUCCCCAGCACCUUAAACCUAUGUCCUCUUGUGGCCACCAAUUCAGCCCUGGGGAAAAGCCUCUGACUAUCUACCCUAUCAAUACCUCUCAUCAUCUUAUACACCUCUAUCAGGCCCCCCCUCAUCCUCUGUCUCUCCAAGGAGAAAAGGUUGAGCUCCCUCAACCUGUUUUCAUAAGGCAUGCUCCGCAUUCCAGGCAGCAUCCUUGUAAACCUCCUCUGCACCCUCUCUAUGGCUUCCACAUCUUUCCUGUAGUAAGGAGACCAGAAUUGAGCACAAUACUCCAAGUGGGGUCUGACCAGGGACCUAUAUAGCUGCAACAAUACCUCACGGCUCCUAAAUUCAAUUCCCUGAUUGAUGAAGGACAAUACACCAUAUGCCUUCUUAACCACAGAGUCAACCUGCACAGCUGCUUUGAGCGUCCUAUGGACUCGGACCCCAAGAUCCCUCUGAUCCUCCACACUGCCCAAGAGUCCUACCAUUAAUACUAUAUUCUGCCAACAUAUUUGACUUACCAAAAUGAACCACUUCACACUUAUCUGGGUUGAACUGCAUCUGCCACUUCUCAGCCCAACUCUGCAUCCUAUCUAUGUCCCUCCGUAACCUCUGACAGCCCUCCAAACUAUCCACAACACCCCCAACCUUCAUGUCAUCCGCAAACUUACUAACCCACCCCUCCACUUCCUCAUCCAGGUCGUUUAUAAAAAUCACAAAGAGUAAGGGUCCCAGUACAGAUCCCUGAGGUACACCACUGGUCACCGACCUCCACGCAGAAUACAACCCUUCAACAACCACUCUUUGCCUUCUGUGGGCCAGCCAGUUCAACCUAGAAAGGUGUUUAUUUGGAGUAAAGGGAACUAUGAGGCUCACAGGCAGGAAACUGGAGGAUUAAAUUGGGAACAGAUGUUCUCUUGGAUUCCAUGUCUCCUCACCUUCUCCAUAAGCCUCGCAUGGGGUACCUUAUCAAACGCCUUGCUGAAAUCCAUAUACACUACAUCUACUACUCUCCCUUCAUUGAUGUGCUUAGUCACAUCCUCAAAAAAUUCAAUCAGGCUUGUAAGGCAGGACCUGCCCUUAACAAAGCCAUGCUGACUAUUCCUAAUCAUAUUAUACCUCUCCAAAUGUUCAUAAAUCCUGCCUCUCAGGUUCUCCUCCAUCAGCUUACCAACCACUGAAGUAAGACUCACCAGUCUAUAAUUUCCUGGGCUAUCCCUACUCCCCGUCUUGAAUAAGGGGAGAACAUCCGCAGCCCUCCAAUCUUCCGGAACCUCUCCUGUCUCCAUGGUCGACACAAUGAUCAUCGUCAGAGGCUCCGCAAUCUCCUCCCUUGCCUCCCACAGCAACCUGGGGUACAUCUCUUCCGGUCCUGGCAACUUAUCUAACUUGAUGCUUUCCAAAAGUUUCAGCACGACCUCUUUUCUAAUAUCUACAUGCUCAAGCUUUUCAGGCUGCUGCAAGUCCCCACUACAAUCCCCCAGAUCUUUUUCUGUGGUGAAUACUGACGUAAAGUAUUCAUUACGUACCUCUGCUAUUUCUUCCAGAUCCAUACACACUUUCCCACUGCUGCACUUGAUAGGCCCUAUCCUUUCGCAUCUCAUCCUCUUACUCUUCACAUACUUGUAGAACGCCUUGGGGUUUUCCUUAAUCCUGCCCGCCAAGGCAUUCUCAUGUCCCCUUCUGACUCUCCUAAUCUCUUUCUUAAGUUCCUUCCUUUUAGCCUUGUACUCCUCCAGAUCUCUAACAUUACCUAGCUCUCUGUACCUUUUGUAUGCUUUUGACUAGAUUUAUUAUAGCCUUCAUACACCAUGGUUCCUGUAUCCUAUCAUGACUCCCCUGUCUCAUCGAAUAUUUGCCACAUAUCUUCCGUACUUUUCCCAGAGAACAUUUGUUCCCAAUUUAAUCCUCCAAUUUCCUGCCUGAGAGCCUCAUAAUUCCCUUUACUCCAAAUAAACACCUUUCUAGCCUGUCUGUUCCAAUCCCUCUCCAGUGCUAACGUAAAGGAGAUAGAAUUAUGAUUACUAUCACCAAAAUGUUCACCCACUGAGAGAUCUGACACCUGACCAGGUUCAUUACCCAAUAUCAAAUCAAGCACAGCCUCUCCUCUUGUAGGUCUAUCUACAUACUGUGUCAAGAACCCUUCCUGGCCGCCUGUCACUUCUGCGGCCGGGAGGAGAUGGUGUACCACGCAUACACAGAAUGCGAGAGGCUGCAGCCCCUCUUUGCGUAUCUGAGGGGGCUGCUGCUUAAGUUCUGGCUGCACUUCAGCCCGAUGAUGUUGGCAUACGGCCACCCAAUGCGGCGCGGGGCUGAGCGUGCGGGAGAUCUCCUGGUGGGACUUCUGCUGGGCCUGGCCAAGCUGGCCAUCCAUGGGACGCGGCGGCGGGUGGCCGAGGGUCCUGGCCGGUCUGCCUGCCUGCCCGUCUUCCGUGCUUCCGUGCGCGCGGGUGUCUUUGGAGAGGGAGCACGCGGUCUCCACGGGCACCUUGGCUGAGUUCCACGCUCGGUGGGCUCCUCAAGAGAUAGCAUGCGUCAUGGACGAUACCAAUACGAUUUUGAUAUGAAAUAUUGAGUGUUGUGGUACCAGACGUAGCGACAUAUGUGUGCUUUUGCGGUGUCAGAUUACAAUAAUCUCUGAAGUUAUGUAGUUGAUUAGAUGAUCCUUUCUGUAUUAGGUGUAUACAUUUGAUAGU